UGCUGCGUCUGCCUCAACGACCUCGACGACGCUGAGAACCCUCUGCUGGAGUGCUCGGGCUGCAAGCUGACGGUCCAUCAGUUCUGCUGCGGUGAGGCGGUGAAGAAGAAAUCAGCUUUCUCCUGCUCCAGAUGCUCUUUGCUGGCUCCGUCGGAGACCCAGUCUGCCCGCUGUUACUUGUGCCCGGUGGAAGGAGGAUUCCUCAAGAGAGCGGUGACGGGCGAGUGGCUUCACUUGCAGUGCGCGUUGUGGAUCGACGAGAUCAGGUUCGACCAGCCGGAGAAGCUCGACGAGAUUACUGGGGUUCAGGAUGUGAGCAAGGACAGGCUGAAGCUCGUCUGCCAGAUCUGCAAGCAGGAGGGACGGGGAGCAUGCAUCCAGUGCAAGAAGGGCGGCUGCUUCGCUGCCUUCCACGUCACCUGCGCUCAGCUCGCCGGCUGUCACCUCGCGAUC